AUGCCCACUCGCUUGAUCGACUUGAACGGCCAACCAAAAUUGAUAGAGACCGCACACUACGAUUUGGAAGAAGAAAAUAGCAGAAACGUGACCCUUAGCCACCGAUGGACUCAAGGCUGCACUAUCAAGCUGCUCCAUUCAAAUAUCGAGGCUUUGAAGCAACAUAUCGACUCUGCCACUCUGUCCACAGUCUUCCGCGAUACAUUGUUUAUGGCGAAACAGUUCGGUAUCUUCUACAUUUGA